GCCGGAUGUAUUAAGGUGCGCUGCCGCUCGCAGGAUCGGAGGAAGGCGGGAGUGAAAUGUUGCACCAGAUAUUGGAGGGGAGGAAGGGUCCGCUGCACAACGCCGUUGCGGGGCUUGCUCCUGGGAAAGUGUCGGAAGAUGUCAUCGGCUUAUGCUAUGCCUUGUGGGCAAUGAAGCAAACAGGCAGUCUGGUAGCCGGCGGCAAUCGUCAGGAUAGCAAUGCUUUGGCUUUGUGUCAGAAACGGUCGGGCGCUUGUGCAGCAGGUCGUCAGAGUCACCUAGCGAAAAAGGCAGUGUGCAGGUGGAAGCAGCACGGGCUACUGAAUGAACUAUACGUGUCGGGGGGGACGAAGGCCGUGAAGGCGGGACAAAGACUGUUGAAGUUGCUGGCCAACAAGAGGUGCGAGAUAGAGGUUAGCGUGAAAGGAUCAUGGAGGAGAUUGGGAGAAUUGGAGAGGAAGGUGGUUGCUGAGAUGAUACAGGAAGCCGGACCAGUCGGCCUCAAGGUUGCCGACACGAUGAUCGAUUACUUUUGGUGGACUGUCGGCUGGCGCGCAGCUCCGGCUGGCGGGAAACAUGUGAAGGGGAAAGAGAGAAGCGAAUCGUACUGCAGGUGGACAGAUCAAGCAAUUUGGGAGAUGCAUUUGAUUGGGAAGUUGGAGGUUCUGGGAGGUGCUCUAGCCAUGGAGGUAGGUCUUUCAUUGGUCGAAGAAGCCAGGACGCAGCGCCACCCGCAACGGCUCAGGUCGUUGAUGCAAUCACUGGAGGAACUUGCGGGGCAAGGCAGUAUACUGGUGGCGACCCAAUUGAUCGGUGGGCUGAAGAGGGGGAAGGACAUCUCGGAGGAAGAAUGGAGCGUAUUGAACGGGCUGAAAAUGCUUGGAGGGGAGUGUAUGUUCCAGCUUGGCAAAUUGCUCCUUCGCGGGCGAACCAAGUGUCCCAGGGAGAGGCAGAACCAGAUUCUCUGCGAGAUUUACAGAGCCCUCGGGCCAAUGGGCUUGAAAAUCGGCGAGUAUUUGCGAUCAAGGUCCGUCGACGCCUUGACUGGCAAAGGUUGCGGUGGGGUAACGGAAGCCUUGUGGGGUUGGGAGGUCGUGAAGUGCGCGGAUGUCAGGAAGGAGAGUGUCAUCGGCGACAGGGCAGGAUCGACAAAGGCUUAUGAAAAGCUCGUUGUUAAGCUGCAUGAAGCCAGAGCCGAGGGCGAACACUACGUCUUGGAGACCGUUCUCUCUCUCCGCAAAGGAGAAGCCGAAGCCAUCGGCGACCACUGGCAUGUGCCGGAAAUGAUUCUGAAAUGGGCUUUCAAUCAACGGUGGGAAAUGGUCAGAGAGAAGCUGCUUCUCAAGGGCACCCAGGGUGGGAGCGAAGCCUUGUCCGGUACCGUCUCCAUCAAGAGCCGUCAUAUCAGUCGCGCAGGAAGAGCCAUUCUCCAGAAGUUGGAAAUGUUCCGUCGGCGGCAACUCCGGCAGCUUCUCAAGCUUCUCCAGCUGGAGUAUCAAGUGGUUUUGUUCAGCUCCACCGUCGAUCUUCAGCUCGACAACGAGCACUUCGCCGUCGAUGGCGGUAUAGAAUGGUGUUCUGCGGGAAAGAGCAUCAUCGUAUUUAUCACCGGCAAGGACGCGGAAAUUGCCCCUGCCUGGUUCAACGAGAAGUUUAAGCAACUCGGCAACUGGGAGUUCGAACCCGCUGUCGUUUUCGAUGCGCACGUGUACGUGCAUCCCUUGAUGGCUUCCGUCAAAGGAUGUCAAUCAUCGUGGGAUUUCCACCGUUGCGUGUCUGCAGCAGGAGCGUGGGACUCAGGUUCCCUGCUCGCUAGAGAUUUCAUGGAGCAGAAGGUGUGGGCUUUCGCCAGACUGCGUCUGUUUUCAAACAGUAGACAGUGGGACACGCUGGCGAGAGUAGUGGAGGAAGGUCCGAGUGUCGGAACGGGGCCUCGAGCACGUUUGCUUCUCGCCGUCCGCAUCUUCGAUCUCGCUCGUCUUAAGUGCGAGCGGUACGUGAGAAGCCUUCUGUCGAAAAUGGAGUCGUUCGUGCCAUGCACAGCUCUGUCGGGAUUGAUUGCCGAAGCGUUCAAGGUAUCGGCCGCUGGCCGCAGCGGUAGGCGCACCUCCACGGAAAAGCUAUCGAUCCCGUCUUCUCCCUCGAGCUCGACUUCCUCGUCGUCUUCGACGUCUUCCGACGACUCUGAGGAUGAGGAAUGGCGCCUGCGUACGCAAGACAAAUUGAAGAAGGAGCAGAGCAAGAAGGAAGCGGCGGUUGUCGACAAGCAUCGUCUCCGUGAGGAUCAGCACAGUGGGCAUCGCGUCGUUGAACAUCGGCUGCACUCUUCUUUCACAUCGAGGUCGUCCUCGUCUGACUCCUUGGAUACUCAUGUGCAGAAGAUAAGGAAGUCAAAGAUGAUGGCACAUCGCCAUCAUCGCGACAGCACCAACAUCGAUGAUAGCUGCGACGGCGACGACAGGCGUCGUCGACGUCAAUCGCAUCGUCAUGAGGCGAAGGUGCGUAGAAAGAAGUUUUCUUUCUCGUGCGACUCCGACAGCAGUAGCGACCACUAUUACAAGGUCGAUGGCAGUUCCGCGAAACGAACUGAGGAGAGACGGCAUCGAGAAACUGUGAUCGAGGGAGAUGAAAACAGGACGGAGAAGAAGAGUUUCGGUGAAGUCUCGGAUGACAGUGAGGGCGCUCGUGUGAAGAAGACUACGGUGGAAACGACCAAUGUAAAGGUGGACAGCAGGACAGUACAGUUGACGACGGAUAGCGGCACCGAGAGCAUCGUGGAUGACAGGGAAGAGAGUGAUCGUGGUGGCUCGCCAUACUGGAAGGAAAGGACGUGCAACAUCGGCAAGAUCAGCAAGUCGAAGAAGCAGUUUGUUGAAGAGAGUGACAGCGACCGCGAUCGUUCGUGCGCGCGCGUGACGAAGAAGACGACUGCAGCAGACGACAAAAAGUCAAGUGACUCGCUGAAGAAGUCCUCCUCCUCGUCUACUUUCAAGGUCGAGCACACGGUGGUGACGUGGAAAACUACCGUCCGCAGCACGAAGAAGGGUGCGAAGCACUCUGACAGUGAAGAGUGUGACCGUGGUGGCUCGCGAUACAGUAAGGAUACAACGUACAAAACCGGCAAGAGCAGCAACUCGAAGAAGCAGGUUAUCGACGAGAGCGACAGCGACCACGAUAGUUCCUUCGAGCACAUGACCAAGAAGACGGCUGUGACAGACGACAGAAAGUCGAGCGAGUCGCUGAAGAAGUUGUCGUCCUCGUCUACCUCCAAGGUCGAGCACACGGUGACGGGAAAAACGAUGGUCGAGAAUAGCAAGAAGGGUCCUUCUGCCAAUCAAUCUGAUAGUGACGAGAGUGACGGUGGUGGCUCGCGUUACAGUAAGCAGAGGACGUACCAAAUCGGGAAGACAAGCAAGUCGAAGAAGCCGUUUAUCGACGAGAGCGACAGCGACCACGAUAGCUCCUACGAGCACAUGACGAAGAAGACGGCUGUGACAGACGACAAAAAUUCGACUGGCUCGGUGAACAAGUCGUCGUCCUCGUCUGCUUCCAAAGUCGAGCACACGGUGACGGGGAAAAUGCCGGUGGAGAGCAGCAAGAAGGCGACCGGUGCCCAACGAUCUGACACCAAGGUUAGAGAAGAAGGGGUGCAUUAUGUCUGCACCGGAGACGUCACGGAGGACUACGAGGGUAAGGGAAAGGCGGUCGAUGAAGGCUCCUACUCGGUGCACAAGGACGUGCAAAAGAGAAGUAAGGACGAGACACACCAAUCGGAGCACGAAUACAAACAGAGCAAGGAGUCGAGGGAGGAAUACAAGGAGCACAAGAAGCAGGAACACAUGGAAGUCUGCACCGGAGAGGUAACGGAGGACUACGAGGGUACGGGAAUGACGGUCGAUGAAGGGUCCUACUCGGUCCACAAGGACGUGCAGCAGAGAAAUAAGGACGAGACAAACGAGUCGGAGCACGAAUACAAAGAGAGCAAGGAGUCGAGGGAGGAAUACAAGGAGCACAAGAAGCAGGAAAACAUGGUGGCAGAAAAGGAGCACAAGGAGGUCAAGAGGGAUGAGCAGAAGGAGGUGAAGAAGGAUGUACACGAGGAGGAACACAAGACGGUGCACAAGGAGAUUGAGUAUAAGGAGCACAGGGAGUCGAACGAGGUGAAGGACCACGAGUCCUCUGAGACGAAGAUCGUCGAAUACAAGGAAUCGGAGGAGUAUCGCAAGGAGUUCAUAGGUGGUGGAUACAAGGAGGCGAAGGGCCAGAACAAGGAGACGGACCACAAAUACAUUGCGACCGGCGACCAGAAGCACAGAGGAAAGGAGUCGUACGUGAAGGAAUCCACCAAAACGAUGAAGAUCACAGAGCCGUCAAAUUCGGAGAGUGAAUGGACAAAAGUUUCAGAUGGGUACGGGAACAAAAGGUAUGUCAGAAGGAUGACGACAACGGGGGGAAGGAAGCGUCAUGACUCGGAGGACGAUAGUGAGGAUGAGGAUGAGUCGAUGUUCACCUUACGAUGGAAACAACAAGAAAGCUUGAGUGGCAAGAAGCAGAGGUCAUAUGAGAGUAUGGAGGAAAGGACCCAUACAGAAACAAAGAAAGAGGAGAAGGAGACGAAAGAAGUAAAGAAGGAGGAAACGCAGGAGAAGAAAGAGGUGAAGAAAGGAGAGGAAUACUCUUCUCAACAGCACAAGUCCAGGGAGGAGCACAAAUACGACGAAAAGGAAAAGGAUAAGCAUGGUGGUUCUUCAGAGGAUGAAUGGACCAAAGUUUCUGAUGGACAAGGAGGCAAGAAGUGUGUGCGGAGGACAACCAUCAGGCGUCGCCAGAAGCGUAGCGGGUGGGGCUCUGAGGAUGCAAGUGACUACAAGUCUCGGGUUAUCAAAAGGAGAGUGAAAUGGGAAGAACACUCCAAGGGCGACGACGGUGGCGAAAAGGAGGUGGACAGGCAAGAUGAGGGGAAGGAAUCGUGGAAGGAGUCCCACAAGAAGGGAAGUGGAAGCGACAGUGAAUGUAAGGAGUGUAAGGAGCACAAAUGCAAGGAGGAAUACAAAUACAAGGAGGAACACAAGUCCAAGGAGGAGCACAAGGAAUGCAAGUCCAAGGAGGAGCACAAGGAGCACAAGUCCACGGAGGAGAACAAGGAAUACAGAUCCAAGGAGCAUGAGGAGCACAAGUCCAAGGAGCAGAAGGGGCACAAGGAGCACAAGUCCAAGGAGGAGCACAAAUCCAAGGAGGAACACAGAGCCAAGGAGGAAUGCAAAUUCGGGGAGGAGAACAAGGAGCAUAAGUCUAAGGAGGAGAAGCACAGGGAAUACAGAUCCAAGGAGCAGGAGGAGCACAAGUCCAAGGAGGAGCACAAGUCCAAGGAGGAGCACACAUCCAAGGAGGAGCACACAUCCAAGGAGGAACACAGAGCCAAGGAGGAGCACAGAGCCAAGGAGGAGCACAAGGAGCACAAGUCUAUGGAGGAGCACAAGCCCAAGGAGGAGCACAAAUCCAAGGAGGAGCACAAAUCCAAGGAGGAGCACAAAUCCAAGGAGGAGCAGACGUUCGAGGAGGAGCACAAGGAGCAGAAAGCAGAGGAGCACAAGUCCAAGCAGGAACACAAAUCCAACGAGGAGCACAAGUCCAAGACCUACGAUUUAUGGUGGGAUGAUAGCACAGUUUGGGAUGCCCACAGCGCGUCCUCUGCACUCUACUGCCCCACCCUCCUGUAAACAAUCCCAAAACGCCGGACCCCAAACAACCCCCCCCACCCCCACAAAGCCCAUGACACC